UCCUGAUUCUCAUUUGCCUGAGUAGUGGUGAAGUAGUAGGAGUUAGAGCUAUUCGGAGGAUUAUGGCUUUACCUUUCAUAGCCGAAUCGGCGGCGUCGGCAAUCAUUGAGAAUCUCGUUAGCACUUGCUCAUCCUACCUCGAGGCAUGCCCGGCAGCCUGCGGCAUGCAAGACGAGCUCGAAAGGCUGCAGCACACACUUCCGCAGGUCCAGGCAGUCUUGACUGCGGUCGAGGGGGGUGCACCGGUCAUGGUGCAGAACAAGGCGCUGGAAACGUGGCUGUGGCAGCUCAGAGACGCCGUGGAGAAUGCGGAGGACGUGCUCGACGAGCUGGAGUACUACGAGUUACAGAAGACUAUACAAGAUCGAGAUGACAAGGUGCGUGGUAUUCUAUCUAACUGCAAGAGAAAGUUUGAUAGUUUCGUUAAUCGUAUAUUUAGCGAUGACACACUGAAGCGGUUGAGGGAGGCCGUCAAGGGGUUGGAUCGGGUCAUUGCUGGUAUGGGGCCACUCCUUCAUCUUGUUACUGGGUUAUAUGGCCCUCGCGUUAAGUGUCAGAAACUCGAGGAAAUUAAGAAUGCUCGCGAGACUAGCUCCUUGCUAACCGAAAGUGAGGUGCUCGGACGAGACGAGGAGAGGGACCUGAUAGUUGAAUGGCUGAUCGAACCGGGAGAUGCCGAUGUCAAUGUCUCCACUUUUACAAUUGUUGGUAUGGGCGGGAUCGGGAAGACCACUCUUGCUCAAUUGGUCUAUCGCAACGAAAGAGUGCAAGAGUACUUCGACCCGAUUGUGUGGGUUUGCAUUUCUCAGGAGUUCAAUGUAACUGUGAUAACAAAAAAGAUUUUAGAAUGUGUAAGUAGGGAGCAUUUUGGCGACAACAGUCUACAUGCACUCCAUGAGAAUCUUAAACAAAAACUAACGUCGAAGAGGUUUUUGCUCAUACUGGAUGAUGUUUGGAACGAUGAUAAAAUGAUGGCGUGGGAGAAAUUGGUUGCUCCUUUGAAAUUCGGACAGAGAGGAAGCAAGAUUCUGUUGACAACUCGGAUGCGUUCGGUUGCAGAUAUGGCGGCAAAAGUGAUGAAAUGCAAACAGGAAUCAUUAAAUCUAAAUAAGUUGGAGGAGAGCGACUAUAUGUUGCUUUUCAAUAAGCAUGCAUUCCUCGGUGUGAAUCCUGAUGAUUAUAAAAACUUGCAACUGAUUGGCGAACAGAUAGCGAAGAAACUUGGAGGAUGCCCAUUGGCCAUAAAGGUCAUGGGAGGAAUGCUGAACUCCUGCAUGGACUAUGAAUAUUGGAAGAAAAUCCUGGAAAAAGACAAUGUGAAAUUACAACAAGGAAACGACGACAUCAUGAAAGUUUUAAGAUUAAGCUACGAUCACUUAUCCACAAACUUACAACUCUGCUUUAGAUAUUGUAGUUUAUUUCCGCAGGAUCAUAUGUUUAAGAGAAAAAAGUUGGUCAAUAUGUGGAUUGGUUCGGGUCUGAUUCCACAAUCUAUUUGUGGCAGGGAAAGGCCAGAGGAUAUCGGAAAGGAGUAUUUAAAUCUUUUGACAAGAAAAUCAUUCUUUACCUGUAAAACCCAUGAUAAUAGGGUGGAAAUUACUAAAAAGUAUUUUAUGCACGAUCUGCUGCAUGACCUAGCACGAUCUGUUUCUCUAGGAGAAUGCAUCAAAAUAGGAGGUGAUGUUGCAGAAAAUAUUAUUCCAAAAACAGUUCGACACUUAUCUGUCGAAAUGCUUAAUCUUCUUUCUAUUAGAGAGAUCUCCAAUCUUAAGAAUGUGCACACUCUAGUCAUUUCUGUUAAAGAGGACAAUAGGCAUAAUGCAGAUCAUGCACUUGAAUUUAUCGAGGUUAUAAAAGGGUUUAGAAAGUUACGCUUAUUGAUCUUAGAUGUGAAUUUUCACUCUUAUAAACUGCCCAAUGCACUUAGUAGCUUGAUACACCUCCGCUACCUAUCUCUUUCACUACAGAAAGUUGUGAAUGAAAGCAUUGAAUAUGAUGCCUUGACCAACUUGGUCAAUUUGCGUUCAUUAGAUGUUUCCGAUGAUGUGAUAGAAAAUAUUCCUUAUAUUAGCAAAUUACCCUUCAUCCACAUAUUAAAAAAUUUUAUCGUUCAAGAGAAGAGUGGUUACAAAAUCGGUGAACUAAAGAACCUCAGGGAACUUCGUCACCUGUGUAUUAGGAAACUUGAAAAUGUGAAGAGUUCUGAAGAAGCCAUCGAGGCCAAUUUAAACGAGAAAAAAUAUCUCAAAUCAUUGGGAUUGCGAUGGUCUGAAGGCCACUCCAAUAGUGCAGAAGCGGAUGAGCAGCUCCUCGAUAACCUCUGUCCACAUAUCAAUCUCAAGAAGAUGCGCAUUCAACAAUACCAAGGUGCUAAAUCUCCAUGUUGGAUGACAAAUCUGUCUCUUGUCAAUUUGACAACCAUCGAGCUAAUUGAUUGUAAAAGAUGGGAGCACCUCUCGCCUCUUUGGCAGUUUUCUUCGCUCCAGCAUCUUUUCUUGCAGGGACUGCAUGCAAUAAAGCAAAUAGAUUGUUCAUUCUUUGGAAGCAACAAUGGAUGUGCCUUUCCAUCGUUGAAGAAGUUACUUUUAUGGGAUAUGCCUAACUUGGAGGAGUGGAUUGGAAUUGAUGAUAGCAAGAACAUUUUCAGGCUCUUGAAAACUUAAUCAUCAGACACUGUAAGAAGAUCGAAUAUGUUCCACCGGAGCUUUUUGGGAAAUUCAAAGCCUUAAAAUCCUUGCACAUAGAAAAUUGCCCGAAGUUGAGAAAACGUAGGAUCUCAGACAUCGAACUGCCCUCUGUACUCGGUCAUCUCACUAUUUGGUCAUUUGGCGACCUCGAGGUGCCACUGCUGUGGUCAGCGGAUUUAACCUCUCUUAUAUGGUUGGAAUUACUCGAUUGUGCAAGUAUAGCAUCCCUUCCCCCGGCACAAGUGUGUGCACGGUGGACGAUGCUUUCCCGCUUAGACAUAAAGAACUGCAAAGAACUGUCAUCAUUUGGUGGAAUACAAGCUCUCGUAUCCCUCCGUUCUUUAGAUAUUGAAGGGUGUGACAAGCUAAUUGAAGUUGCCCUUCUGCUGCAGCCUCCGUUCCCAAACGAUGUCGGCCAAAAAAAGAAUGCAGUACUGGGCUCCUUUAUGAAGAAUGGUAGACUAUCAAUUGACCACCACGCGCUCCUGCUCAUGGAGCCAUUGAGAAGUCUCUCCUCCCUCUGCUCGUUGACUCUCUCUGAUGCUUCGCAACUCGCCUCCUUACCUGAGGAAUGGCUACUACAAAAUCACGCUGCCCUCGAACAAUUUUGGAUACGGAAUGCACGCUCCCUUCAGUCCCUACCCCGCAGCAUGACAAAACUGUGUUCCCUCGUCAUUUUGAGUGUGGAAGAUGCUAUUCUUAUCUGGUCACUUCCAGAUCUGCCUACUUCACUGCGUUGUCUAGUCAUCAACGGGUGUCACCCUAUGUUGAAGGAGCGAUGCCAAGAGAAUAUAGGCCUUGAUUGGCCCAAGAUUGCCAACAUCCGUUAUGCGAGGAUUGAACUAGCAUUUGCAGGUCGUGAUGAUGAUGCAUAUUUAAUUCCUCUCUCUAGGAGUACAAACAAGAUGCGAAGUCCCGCUGAUGAUGAGUUCGAACAUAAGAGAAGCAUGACGAAAGCUUUGUCAGUUUGUUAAAUUUCUUGGUGCAGGGCUGUAGUAAUGGAACAUGCAAGGAUUAGGACUCCGUAUUGGCGCUCGAAUUAAUCUAUUUUCCCUUAUCAGGCAUUAAACAGGCUUAAAAUCUUACUACCUAUGUUGUAUCCACUUUCCGGAGUAAAUUUGACAGCUACUCCGUCGAUAAUACUCAGGCCGACAUCUCAUCGUCAAGCGGGCAUCGACUUGCAACCGCGUCCUGCAGCUGCUUGCUUCUACUUUCUUUACGGUUUUCCAAAAGAGAAAAAAAAUUAAUUUCCUGAUGCAUUGAACACAGAAAAGCACACUCAAAACUCGAACAGACCGACAACUGUUGCUUAUGUUCAGUUCAGUCUGCAAUCUCUGUAAGGUAAAAUUGUAAUGAAACCUAUGCAAUUAUAGGCCAUUGCGAAAUAGGCCCCUCAACUUCACAAUUUGUU